AUGACAGCCAAAGGCAAAGGCAAAGCCUUGUCUCGGAGAGACGAUAUCAAACUCAUCUUCAGCUGCUACGCCCCUAGAGGUAAAAACCUUUCAGCCCAGGGUCUCCUCGACUUCAUCCAGAAGGAGCAAAUGAAUAGUCAGGCAGACAUGAAGGCAGUGGAACAGAUCAUUGAAAACUACGAGAUUAAUAAAACAGUCAAAGCUAAGAAAUCAAUGACAUUCGGAGGAUUUCUCAGAUACAUGGAGUCCGAGGACUGCUCAGUGAACAACAAAGACCAUAACAAAGUGUACCAUGACAUGGACUGGGCUCUGUGCCAUUACUUUAUAUCAUCCUCACACAAUACAUACCUGAUAGGAGACCAGCUGGUAGGAAGAAGCCAUCUGCAUGCAUAUGUAAGUGCCCUGAGGAGAGGCUGCCGCUGCUUGGAAAUCGACUGCUGGGACGGACCAGAUCAGGAGCCUGUCGUUUAUCAUGGCUACACUUUAACCAGCAAGAUCCUCUUCAAGGAAGUCAUUGCCACAAUCGAGCAGCAUGCUUUUGAGGUGUCCUCUUACCCAGUUAUCCUUUCCCUGGAGAACCACUGCACGCCCCUGCAGCAGGAGAUGAUGGCUGAAUACCUGAAAACAAUCCUGGGGGAGAAACUGCUUGACAUGACAAUCAAUGACACCUUUGCCAAGGAGUUGCCUUCCCCUGAGGAAUUAAAGAAUAAAAUAUUAAUAAAGAAUAAGAAAAUCGGACUGCUUCAGGAUACGAUACUCAAGAAAGGGACCAACAGGCAUGGGGAGGUGGGGCACUGUAUUGAGGACGAUGAUGAUGAGGAGGAGGCAGAGGAAGAGACAGCAAAGUGCAAAUCACCAAACAGCAGGCUGACAGGGGAGAAGAAGAUAGCAUUGGCAAUGGCACUGUCCGAUCUCGUCAUUUACACAAAGUCGAUCCAUUUUGUCAGCUUCAAGCAUUCCAUCGCAAAUCAGAAGUUUUAUGAAAACACUUCACUUGCGGAGGCCAAAGCACGCAAACUAGCCAUGAACUCAGGUGCAAAGUUUGUGCUCCACAACAUGAAGUUCAUCACAAGGAUAUACCCUGCAGGCUCCAGGGCCCUCUCUUCCAAUUAUAACCCGCAGGAGUUCUGGAACGUUGGCGCACAGAUGGUGGCAUUAAAUUUCCAGUCCCUUGGAGAGGCUAUGGAUCUGAACAGGGGCAAGUUUCAAGACAAUGGAAACUGUGGCUAUAUUCUCAAACCACACUUUAUGAGAGUUAGUGAGAAACCCUUUGAUCCCAAUGCUUUUCAGCCAGAUUUCAAGCCGACUAAUCUGCUGGUGAAGGUUAUAAGUGGAUACAGCCUGCCUGUGCCCAGGGGCUCCAAAGGUAUAGAUCCCUACGUGCGUGUGGAGAUACAUGGAGUUUCUGCUGACAAUGUGAAAAAACAGACAAAUUAUGUAAAAAAAAAUGCCAUGAAUCCGCGAUGGGAUGAGAUCAUGACCUUUGCAAUACAGGUGCCAGACCUAGCCUUGGUGCGCUUCAUUGUGGAAGAUCAAAAUGCCAUUCUGGCCAAUGAAUUCAUUGCUCAGUACACCCUGCAUCUUACCAGCAUGAACCCAGGCUACCGCUGGGUCCCUUUGCUUUCUAAGGAAGGCAUCAGUCUUGACCCUGCAUCACUGUUCAUUUACGUGUGGUUCAGCUAGAAGAUCUGCCAAACCCACAGUCCAUCAACUAAGCAGACUUGAACUGCCUCUCCCGAGCUGCUGAUCUUACUCAAGUCAAUGCAGCACGAAGGCAGUGGGGUUUAAAAACGGCUCUUCACUCGCGAUACCAAAUAAAACACACUUGAUAGACCAGUGCAUAUUUGGACUUAUAUGGACACUGUUUCUAACACCAUGUAGCCAAAUAAAGUUUGUAAAAAUAAAAACCAUCUUACAUUUAAAGUCUUAAAUCCAUGGUCUGAUUAAAGUUAGUCCAGUACAGUGAAUCUGACCUACAUCUCAGUAAUGGAUAAGGUACCUGGAAGCAACAGCAACUUUACUCAUUUUACGACAAUUGUUUUUUGUUUUUUUUAAAUGUUAACAGACAGACAGACAGAGACAGCCAUUAUAACAGUUCUCCACAACUGCUAC